ACAGCUGAUUUAUACAUUAAGGAAUUAAACAAUUUUUCUUCGGUCACACAGCAUUUAGGUAUCUGUGUGUAGACGAUUUCACUAAAUCAAAGGAGAAUGUUUCAAAUUGCCAGAAUUGCAAUACGCAGUGCUGUUGUCAACACUCGGUUGAGCGUAACCCCACUUUUGGCCGUCACACCAAAUCGCCGACAUUUCAGUACUCCCGCGGAAAGUACUGAUGAACCAAUUGAUAUCCCCAAUCCAUUCGAGAAAGACCGACGACUGUGCAUUCUGUGCAAACAUGAUAUAGUACCAAACUACAAAAAUGUGAAGUUGCUGUCUCAGUUUCAAUCUCCAUACACGGGGCGUAUUUACGGAAGACACAUUACUGGCUUAUGUAAACAGAAGCAGGAGCAAGUAGAAAAAGCUAUUAUCCGAGCACAAAACUGCGCUCUGAUGCCAACGUAUCACAAAGAGAUGGACUUUUUGAAGGAUCCACGUUUGUUUGACCCUGAGAAGCCGAUUCGCCCGCAUAAAUAUUAGAGCAUCCUUUGAGUUUUUCAUUUUUGUUAUAAGAAAACAAGUUUAUAUUUAACCGAAUCAGAAAUAAGAAAUGUGUUUAUAUGGAAAACUUCAUUGCCAUCUUAAUAAGCUAACCAUUGACUACUUCACAAAAGCAAAGUAAGCUCA